AUGGCUGCAGCCAGCAGGGUCAACCUUCGCACCCAGAAGCGCCUGGCGGCCUCCGUUGUUGGCUGCGGUCAGAGAAAGAUCUGGCUCGACCCCAACGAGGUCAGCGAGAUCUCCAACGCCAACUCCCGUCAGACCAUCCGCAAGCUCGUCUCCGAUGGCCUCAUCAUCCGCAAGCCCGUCACCAUGCACUCGCGCUCCCGCGCCCGUGAGCUGAACGCCGCUCGCCGCCUCGGUCGCCACCGUGGUUUCGGUAAGAGAAAGGGUACCAAGGACGCCCUCGUCUGGAUGCGCCGCCAGCGCGUUCUCCGUCGCCUGUUGGUCAAGUACCGCGCCUCUGGCAAGAUCGACAAGCACCUUUACCACGAGCUCUACCACCUGAGCAAGGGUAACACCUUCAAGCACAAGCGCGCUCUCGUUGAGCACAUCCACAAGGCUAAGGCCGAGAAGGCCCGUGAGGCCAAGCUCAAGGAGGAGAUGGACGCCAAGCGUGCCAAGACCAAGGCCGCCCGCGAGCGCAGACAGGAGCGUGUCGAGCAGAAGAAGGCCGCCUUCGCUGCCGAGGACGAGGAGACCAAGGCAUAA